AAACCACAGACAGAGAUUUUCGAACCGCCUGGGAUCUCUCUUCUCUUUUUUGAUUGCUCAAUUCCCCGUUCGACUUGCCCUGCCUCUCACAACCAUGCGCCACACGCUCCGGCGGUCGUGCUCUGCAUGCGCAAAGUCCAAACACAGCUGUGAUCUUGGCACUCCCCGCUGCUCCCGCUGUGUCAAACGCAAGGUCCAGUGUUUGUAUGCAAAUGAACCCUUGACUGCCCCUCAAAAGAAGACAAUCAUCCUCCCCGUUGGCACCAGGUUCUCGUCUGUUGAUCCUUUCGAGUCCUACCCGCAGACCAGACUGCCCCGAAGCCACGUCCAGCGUCUCAUUCACAGCUUUCUCCACAAGAUUGCCUUUCAAUACUACCCUCUGGAUCUCAGCCCAACCUCGAACCCCUUUCUGGUGUCUUGGUGGCCCCAAGCGCUCGGUGAUCCAGCCCUGUUUCACGUCUCACUACAGACGGCAUGCCUCGACGAGGAGCUGCUGGCCCAGAGGGGGUUUCAGGCUUCGACGGUGCUCAUGGCUGAUUCAGUGGCAUUGCUGCGCCGAAAGGUCGAAGACUCGGCUCUUGCAGUCCAAGACGGGACCAUGAACUCUGUUAUCACGCUGGCGGCUAUCGAGUUUGGGAAAGGCAACACGAGGGUCAGUGAGAUGCAUGUGGCUGGAGUCAAGAGACUGGUCGACCUACGAGGCGGCAUCAGCUCUGUAAGGCGAACGAGUCCACUUACAGCGAGGAUGGUCAGUUGGGUAUCACUGCUCGUCAUGGGCCAUCCACAAUUCGACACUCAAGAUGACGCCGGCAUUGGAGACGGCAUACCUCCAAUACCAGAAUGGCGGCUGGACUUGCCCAUUCUCGAGGACCAACUUGGCAACCUCAAUAUCGACCAUCCCGUCAAGAACGUUCUCACACGCCUUCGCUGCGUUUUUGAACGGGCACAAUCCGCCCCAUUCCCCAACACACGACUGCACGACCUCACAUGCUUUGCAGUACACCGUCUCUUGCUCACCGCCGCUGGGGCCCAUGUAUCAUCGCCCACGACCGAGUGCAUCCGUUACGGCAUUGUUCUCUACAUGUUCAUCAUCCAGGGGCCAACCUACUUCUCCCACGCCGUGCUCAUGAACAAACUGGUCACCAACCUGAGGCAACACCUCGAGCAGCAGCAAUUCGAGUUCGCAGCACACCAAGACGUCAACGUCUGGCUUGCCGCAGUCGGGCUGGUAGCCUCCGCCAACAACACGGCUCACUACGAGUGGUUCGCCGAACGAGCACGGGCGGCAUCGGCUUCGUUGCAAUUACGCAGCUGGACCGACACAUUAUCUUGCAUCAAGAGGGUGCUCUGGCUCGAGACGGUACACAGCGAAGGCAUUUUCCGACCACAUUGGGACAUGUUUUUUAUAUCAAGCCACAAUGACGUGGCCACUACAGAUAUCAGCCAGCCGACAACGCCCCGUUCACUAGUAGCGAUACGGUCACUGCCAAGGGGAUCACCGCCAGGGAAAAAGCAGAGCGGUGUUGUGACUAGCAGUAUGGAUGUCAUAGGUUUUGGGUAGACAUGUGGGCUUAAUGAAGAAAAAAAAAAAACUGUAUGACCCUACUACUAGUUUCAUGCUGCUUGAAAAAAAACUUUAAAUUUGACAUAUGUAGGAUAAGGAAAUAUUUAUCUAGUGGUAUUCCUAUAUCGAUCAGUUGUUUUGAAAACCCCUCACCACCACCCCCCCCAAUCCCAUUUUCAACCCGACGCCAGCGGCACCCUACUCGCCCUACUACCAUCCCCCAUCUCAACCUCCCACCUCCCUUGCUUCUCUCCCCUAACCCUAACCACGACCUCCACAUCCCGCUUGGGAUUUAAAACAGUAACCGGAUCAGCAAACUCCAACCCCGGCUUCUCCUCCCACUCUGUCCCCUCAGCAGGAUGGAUAUCAGUCCUGACAACCAGCAUAGCCACCAAAAUCAAUAUCUCCGUCGCGGCGAACUGCCUUGCAGGACAGAGAUGCGGCGGGGCGCCCCAAGCAAGAAAAUCCGCACCGCCCCUUUUGAGAUUUGGAUCCAUGAACCGCUCAGGAACGAAAUCUCGAGCGGUCGGGCCGUAGGUGGAUUGGGAGUAGUGGAUUGCGUGGCCUGGCAUCUGGAGGUAGUUCCCUUCCUUCAGCAAAAGCUUGCCGCUGUCCAAAAGAGUGUUGGUUGUGACUUUCCGGAUGGCGGCGUGGAUGUGUCUUGUCCGUUGGGUUUCCUGAAAGGUGGAGAGGAGGAGCGGGCAUGAGGUUUUGAGGUUGGUCAGGUUGAGGAUGUGACGAGGGCCGGAGGUGGUGAUGGCAAAAGUGAGGAUUUCGGAGCGGAUCGAGGACAAAAGAGCAGGCCGGGAAAAAAUCUCGUAGAUGGUCCAGAAAAAGGUCGGGACUGUGUUGGAGAGCAUUCCUAUUGGGAGUGUGGCUUGUUGUUUGGAGGCUUCUGACACGGAAAGGCCAGAGGAGAGGAGGCACUGCCAGCGGGAGAGGAAGAGGGAGGAGGUGUCCGGGGGGAUGGAGGUGCAGUAUUUUGCGUGGGCGGCAAAGACGACGGCUCGGGCAUGGUAGCCGUGG